CGCAUACGGGCAGCAUCCCGGCUCGGCUGACGUAAAAAACCAGCCCACCUUUAACGACGUCCCGUCGGCAGCGCCGUCUUCUCCGAGCAUCCCUCGAAAAUAACGAUAAAAGGUAAAAUGGCCACCUCCUCCGCCAAUGUGGAAGAAGACGAGAGUUUGAAGGGCUGUGAAGUUUUUGUGCAGAAGCACAACAUCCAGCAGAUCCUCAAAGAGUGCAUUGUGAACCUCUGCAUCGCCAAGCCUGAGCGUCCUAUGAAAUUCCUGCGGGAACACUUUGAAAAGCUGGAGAAGGAAGAAUGCAAACAGAUUAUGGCCCGUCAGAAGUCCAACAGCCAGUCAGACUCCCAUGAUGACGAGGUGUCCCCCCCACCGCCCAACCCGGUUGUCAAGGCCCGGCGCCGCAGAGGAGGAGUCAGCGCCGAGGUCUACACCGAAGAGGACGCUGUCAGCUACGUACGCAAGGUAAUCCCAAAAGACUACAAGACCAUGACGGCUUUGGCCAAGGCCAUCUCGAAGAACGUGCUCUUUGCCCACCUGGACGACAACGAGAGAAGUGACAUAUUUGAUGCCAUGUUCCCGGUCACACACAUCGCAGGAGAAACGGUCAUCCAGCAAGGCGAUGAAGGGGACAACUUCUAUGUGAUUGACCAGGGAGAAGUGGACGUGUAUGUGAACGGGGAGUGGGUGACCAGUAUUGGAGAGGGGGGCAGCUUUGGUGAGCUUGCCCUGAUCUACGGGACCCCCAGGGCUGCCACUGUCAAGGCCAAGACCGACCUCAAACUGUGGGGCAUUGACCGAGACAGCUACCGACGCAUCCUCAUGGGUAGCACACUGAGGAAGAGGAAGAUGUAUGAAGAGUUUCUCAGCAAGGUCUCCAUCCUGGAGUCCUUGGACAAGUGGGAGCGCCUGACGGUUGCCGAUGCCCUGGAGCCUGUUCAGUUUGAGGAUGGAGAGAAGAUCGUGGUGCAGGGAGAACCUGGUGAUGACUUCUACAUUAUCACAGAGGGCACAGCCUCGGUCCUCCAGCGCAGGUCCGACAACGAGGAGUAUGUGGAGGUCGGUCGCUUGGGACCCUCAGACUACUUUGGUGAAAUCGCCCUGCUGCUGAACCGCCCCAGGGCCGCCACCGUGGUCGCCCGGGGGCCACUCAAGUGCGUGAAGCUGGACCGUCCCCGCUUCGAGCGCGUCUUGGGGCCCUGCUCAGAGAUCCUCAAGAGGAACAUCCAGAGAUACAACAGCUUCAUCUCGCUGACCGUGUGACCGGCAGCUCGCCCGACGGGGGCCCGCCGGCCGGGGUUGGUGGGAUGACAGUGGC